AACUCGCAGGCAAUUAUCCUGGCUCUUUUUGUUUUCUUCGUUGGAUUUGAUCAUCAACAUUCUAUGGUUGUUGAAGCCAACUUUUGGGAAACAACAUAUUUCAACUGGGGAGCUCAUCACUCAUCUGUUUACAACAAUGGCAACGAUCUUCAACUUGUUUUAGAUAAAUCUGCAGGAUCAGGAAUUGAAAGCAAGAAAGAAUUCCUUUUUGGCAGCAUUGAAAUGCAAAUCAAAUUAGUGCCCGGAAAUUCUGCGGGAACCGUUACUGCCUACUACCUUUCCUCAAAGGGUGAUAAGCACGACGAAAUAGAUUUCGAGUUCUUGGGUAACGUAUCUGGAAAACCUUAUAUCAUCCACACAAAUGUAUUUGCACAAGGAGUUGGAAACAAAGAACAACAAUUCUACCCUUGGUUUGAUCCUACCACAGGGUUCCACAAUUACACCAUUCACUGGAACCCGACCCAGAUUGUGUGGUUUGUCGAUGGGAUUCCAAUCCGUGCAUUCCGCAACUACGAGUACUUGGGAAUUAAAUAUCCAAACAGGCAGGGUAUGAAGGCUUACAGCAGUUUAUGGAAUGCUGAUGACUGGGCAACCAGAGGUGGGCUUGAUAAAAUCGACUGGAAAAAAUCACCCUUCUCAGCUAAAUUGCGGAAGUUCACGCCAAGAGCUUGCACUUGGUUUGGACAAGGCAGUAUCAGUUACUGUUCCUCAAAAGCUAACUGGUAUACUUCUUCUGCAUAUAGCAACCUGAAUUAUGCUCAGAAAGGUCAAAUGAAAUGGGUUAGAGAUAAAUUUAUGAUCUAUGACUACUGCAAGGAUACUAAACGAUUCAACUGGAACAUGCCUCGCGAGUGUUCCUUACAACAGUUUUAAAACGGAGUUCUUGGUCGUAUAGAAACAACGAUCUAUGUCUAAACAAUGUGUGUGUUGAUGGAUAAAUAACCCCGCGCUGCACGGCCUCCAUCGCUUUAUUUUGAGCAUUCUUGUUUUAUUAUUUUUUACCAUUCUUUUCACUAGCAUAUUCAUUUACUUAUUUGUACCAAUAGCAUACAAAUUCCAAUCUGCAGUGUAACAAACUAAGAAAUUCCAACAUAUACAAUCAGAAAUUAAAAGACCAA